GCGGGCUCUAUGUUUGCAUCCCGGAAAUACAGAGUGAAGCACUCUGUCACGAAUACAGUGCUGAACUUCGAGUACAUUCUGCCUUUCCCACCUCGAAAUGGGUAUGGAAGAGGAGGGCAUUCAGGAAGGAGGACCUAUCUCAGAAACAGCGGUAGACCCACUGAUCCCAGUCCUGCGCAUCAGCCAGCUGGAUGCUCUCGAGCUUGACUCAGCCUUGGAACAGUUGCUAUGGACCCAGUUCUCCCAUUGCUUCCAGAAUUUCCGCCCGGGCCUUCUCACCCCUCUGGAGCCGGAACUGAAGGCUUUACUCCAGCUGCUCCUGUGGAGGUUCACUCUGUAUCCUGACAGCACCACAGUCGGCCAGUCUUUACUAAGCCUGCGCUACCGCAACACCUUGUCCUCAUCGAACCGCUACGAGCCUUUGUCCCACAGGCAGAAGUUGGCGCUGGUUCUACUAACAAUAGUUCCUCGUUGGAUUCAAGAGCGAUCCCACAACCUUCAAAUGUUCUUUGGUUUGACUUCAGGGGCACCAGUUUCUGAAGGCUUCCAAAAGACCCUCUGUAACUGUAUGACUCUAAUUUUCGGUGUUUCCCGCCUUGCAAGCCUUGUCAACUUUCUUGUGUUUCUAAGGAAAGGUAACCACCCUGUUCUGGCGGAAAGGAUCAUCGGAGCCCAAGCGGUUUAUAGCAAGCCUAACGUGAGCAGGGACAUUACGUAUCAAUACAUGAAUCGUGAGCUACUGUGGCACGGCUUUGCAGAGUUCCUCAUUUUCCUGUUGCCACUGAUUAACAUGGGGAAACUGAAGGCUACCGUAUAUUCAAUGGUGUUUGGGGGAGACAAAAGCGAAGCGGACGUUGCACGGAAUAAAGAGGGAGCGUGGAAAAACUGCACGCUGUGUGGUGAUUGGCCCACCAUGCCUCAUACCCUUGGCUGUCCACAUAUUUUCUGCUACUACUGUAUUAAAAGUCAUAGCAUUGCAAAUAAUUGCAUCACCUGUCCCAAAUGUGGGGCAGAGGCAAGACAACUGGAGCCUGUCAAAAUCGAGGCAUUUGACAGACAUUAGAUGACUACAAAUAAAGAAUAAAAAUGUAGUUUUGGGUCUGCAAUUUAUGUAAGCACAAGCUUAGCAGGGCUUCAACAGCAGGGUGACCAAAUGUCGUCCUUUGCCCGGACAUGUCCACUUUUCACAUCCUGUCUGGCGCGUCCGGCUGGGUUUUAUAAGGAAAAUUUCCGGUUUUCAUUACUUUUUAAGGGACCAGUCCGCGUGUGUUGAAACUGACUGACGCUUUGCACAGAAUACUAAUUAUUAAGACUUUUAUUACCAUCAACAUACAUAUCAUUAAAUGCUCAUGUACCCAAAAUUAUAAUUAAGACGAAAAUACCUUUUGUUCUACUUUGGAUACAAAUUUGCGCAUGCUUGCGCAGACAGACACUAUCAUGGCGUCAACUGUCAAUUUUCAUUCACAAACAAACCUUCGUCACAACAGGAGCUCACAUACUAUCGGUAUGUUUACGAGCUAAACUUACUUUUCGGCAACUCUUCUGUCGGAGUUUUGUACUGGUGUGAUUUGUAAAAUCCGAUUGGUGUCGCAUCGUUGCGCUGCCGAUGAUUGUAAACUUUUUUGGUAGUGUUUAAUAUUGUCGCAACGAUUGUAAACUUUUUUUGGUAGUGUUUAAUAUUGUCUUGGCUACUGGUGUUUGCUAAUAGGGUAGCUGUCAGUGAGCUAAACUGCGCUAUGUAAUAUGGGAAAUUAGUUUUAAACUGCUGCGUUUGGAAACAUGCUGGUUGAAUCGUUUGUCAGUUUAUUUCGGUUAUUGUUUGCAUGCAAUCUAGAACAUUGAAUAAGAAUCGUAAUUGAGUGGGAAUAACAAAAAAUGUUUAGUUGGCACGUAGCCUACCGUGUGUGUAUUAACUGGACUACAUUUCCAUGGGCCUGCAUUAUAUUAUUUGAUGGGGCUUUGCAAGGUCAAGGCCAAUAUAGUAAAAUUUGUUUCAGGCGACACAGGGAAUUUUUCGAAUGACCCCUCAAAAUUUUCCAUUCGCUCAAAUUUUUUUUUUUUUCCCCUUCAAAAAGGACAAAUAGCAAAAUGCUACUUGUCACACAAUUUCUGACCAAAUCACAUAAUUUAAACAACAACAAAAAAAUCCAGUAUGGUAAGGGGCAUUAAAGUUCAAUACAGAAUUUGGCAAAAACAUACAGUUCCCCCAAAAUUAGCCAAAAACUUUCCCAUUCAUUUCUAAUGGGAUGCCAUUGACAACCAUGUACGUCCAAAUUUCCCAUUCAUUUUCAAUGGAAGGAAAACAUUGGUCGUUGUGAUUUUUUUUUACUAUUUACCAUGACAGCUCAUUGACAUUCAACUGGCGCCCAAGUAAGUCGAAGCCAUUGACAGCCAUAUACGUCCAAAUUUCCCAUUCAUUUUCAAUGGAAGGAAAACUUUGGCCCUUGUGAUUUUUUUUUACUAUUUACCAUGACAGCUCAUUGACAUUCAACUGGCGCCCAAGUAAGUCGAUGCCAUUGACAGCCAUGCACGUCCAAAUUUCCCAUUCAUUUUCAAUGGAAGGAAAACAUUGGUCGUUGUGAUUUUUGACUAUUUACCAUGACAGCCCAUUAACAUUCAACUGGCACCCAAGUAAGUCGAUGCCAUUGACAACCAUAUACGUCCAAAUUUCCCAUUCAUUUUUAAUGGAAGGAAAACAGGUCCUUGUGAUUUUUGACCAUUUACCAUGACAGCCCAUUGACAUUUAACUUGCGCCCAAGUAAGUCGAUGCCAUUGACAGCCAUGUACGGCCAAUUUUACCAUGACAACCCAUUAACGUUCAACUGGUGCCCAAGUAAGUUGAUGCCACAGAAAGCCAUGCACGUCCUUGCCAUGGACAGCCAUGUACGUCCAAGUAAGUCGUUGACCUUGACAGCCAUGCACGUCCAUGCCAUGGGCAGCCAUGCACGUCCAAAUUUCCCAUUCAUUUUCAAUGGAAGGAAAACAUUGGUCCUUGUGAUUUUUGACCAUUUACCAUGACAGCCCAUUGGCAUUCAAAUGGCGCCCAAAUAAUUCGAUGCCCUUGACAGCCAUGGACGGCCAUGUACGUCCAAAUUUCCCAUUCAUUUUCAAUGGCAGAAAAACUUGCGUGGUUGCGAUUUUUGACCAAAAAUAUAGCAUUACGGUCCACUGACAUUCAACUGGCACCCAUGUAAGUCGAUGCCAUUGACAGCCAUGCAAGUGACCUGAUAGAUAUGUAUCUACCACAGCACAGCACCAGAAAUUGUAGUUUCUUAUUAUUAUUUAAUCCCACAUUUUUAUUUUUUAUUUUUUUUAGGAAUAAUAAAGCCUGUUGAGUAACUGCUGAGAAUUUCAAUUUGUGUUUUUGGUUAUUUACUUUACGGCAAUAUUUUUUUUUUCUGAAUUUUUCUAUCCAGAUGGAGAGGCACACUUUAAAUAUCUUAAAGUGAACUUCGAGUAAAAUUCAAGUAUCUCGAGGCCAGGCCGAGUGUCCUCUAUUUUUGGAAAUCAAAAUAUGGUCACACUAUUCAACUGCAUUUCACCUUUUUAUGAUGUCUGCAUUUUUUUCCCCCCCCAAGCAUACAUGUUUAAUGCAUUUGCACAUGUACCACUACUCCUCCGUUUCUCCGGCCGGACUUGGGGUCGAACUAUUUGUCUUUGAAGCACUCGGCAGACUACCGAGAACCCCACAGUGCAUAUAUUUAAUUAAAGAAUGUGUUGAUUUAUUCUCCAAAUUCUCUUGGUGUGGGCGCAUGUGCGAGUUUGUUGAAAUGGGAAUAUUUGUUCUGAUGAAAAAUGCAGAAAGUCAGCUGAAUAAAUAAUGGGAGGAAUUUCUGAUGCCUCUC